GAAGUGUGAGAACAAGUAAAUAAAAAGUCAAAAAUACACACACAUCAACAGAUCACCUUAGUUUUAUCCGGUUUUUAACAGAUAGUAAUCAAAACCGCAUUACACGUAAACAACCACCUUAAAAACAGCAAAAAAAAAAAUUCACAUAUCAUCAGCAUCUAUCUCUUCUUCUUUGUUUCUACAGAAUGUUUGUUCCCAUGCACGUAUUAUAAUCUCAAAUCUACAUUUUAUUGAGAAAGUUCUUCGAUUGACAAAGUUUGAAACAAAAUGGAACAAGAACUUGAGGAAGGAAGGGGAGCACCGGAAAGUCCUCGGUGCCAUGUUUGUGCUAGUCCUGAGGUUGUAAAAUUCACUCAGAAGAUAAUAGCAGAAUUUGUGGGAACAUAUUUUGUGAUAUUUGCUGGGUGUGGGUCGGUAGCAGUUAAUAAGAUUUACGGAUCGGUAUCAUUCCCAGGGAUUUGUAUAACAUGGGGUUUGAUAGUAAUGGUUAUGGUUUACUCCGUUGGUCAUAUCUCUGGUGCUCAUUUCAAUCCUGCUGUCACCAUUACCUUCGCCAUUUUUCGAAGGUUUCCUUGGUUGGAGGUAAUUCCAUACAUUAUAGCUCAAGUACUGGGCUCAUUAGCUGCAAGUUGCACACUGUUGGUUACACUUCCCGUGGAGCCUAAACAUUUCUUCGGAACAACUCCAGUUGGUUCUGAUUUUCAGUCCCUAAUCCUGGAGUUCAUCAUCACUUUUCUCCUCAUGUUUGUCAUAUCCGGGGUUGCCACUGAUAACAGAGCUAUUGGUGAACUGGCCGGAAUCGCUAUUGGAUCAACUAUUCUACUGAAUGUCCUUGUUGCUGGACCUGUUACUGGGGCAUCAAUGAACCCAGCAAGGAGUAUCGGACCUGCCAUCGCGAUGCGGAACUUCAAAGGACUUUGGGUGUAUGUAGUGGGACCUAUAGUCGGAGCCAUUAUUGGAGCUGCUGUGUAUAACUUAAUAAGGUUUACUGAUAAGCCUCUCCGCGAGUUAACAAAGAGCGGUUCUUUCGUUAAGAGCAUUUCAAGAACAGGCUCUUUCCUUAAGAGUGUCUCAGUUCGUAAUCCUCGAUAAGUUGUUACAAAAUGAUCAACUGAUCAUGAUUUGAACUGGCUUCUUGGACUAAUUUGGUUUGCAUUUGUUUUCGGUAUUUUGGCGAUAAGCCACGGAUUUUAUUUCUGUUGUACCAAAUUGCUUGGGCUAAUGCAACUAGAUCAAACUUAUUUGUUUUUUUAUUUUUUCCAUUCUAGUUUUGUUUUCUGUUCACUAAAGUACAUUAUUCACUUUCUUAA